GGAGUAACUUUCCAAUGAGAGUCCGCGCACCGCUGUCUACGUGACAUCACCGCGUUCGUUCUGACCUAAUCGAGAAGCGUUAUUUUGUUCGUGGUCGCAGCUUCAGCGGUUUACGGCCGACUCCAGCGACGAAAUAAUAAAACAACAAAACACUAAAAUACAAUAGAGGAAGUAACAGCAAAGAAACUCGUUUUUUCUUUCUUUUUUUUCAAAGGUCGCACCCUCAUCUGCAGUGUGCAGAUGAAUUAUGAACAGCCUCCCCCCUACACAGGGCCGGGCCCCACCGCUCCAGGAUAUCCCCCUCCCACUGCUCCUGGGUACCCUCCUCAAGGAUAUCCUCCUCAGGGAUACCCUGCACAGCCGUACCAAGGAUAUCCAGUCAAUACUGACCAGCCCAACCCUGGUUACCCAAACUACCCUCCUGGACCCCCUGGGUCAUACCCAGUCCAGCCAGGAUACCAGGCGUACCCACAACCACAGUAUGGUGGCCCAGUGUACGGGGAACCUCCUAAAAACACUGUGUAUGUUGUGGAGCAGGGCAGGCGGGAUGAUUCUGGGGAGCAGGCAUGUCUAACUGCAUGUUGGACAGCUCUGUGUUGCUGCUGUCUCUGGGACAUGUUGACCUAGAAUAAUAAGGAAAGCACUGUAAGCCCCCUUUUAUUUGUAAAGUUCUUUCACUCCACGUUUCAAUCCUUAUUUAUGUGUGACUACUGAAAAGGUAAUUGAGAAACAAAUAGAGUAAUGUUUUUGUUGUAGCGUUCAAUUUCCAGUAGUCCAGCUUAUUUUUAUUCCUUCAAUGAUGCAAGAUAUGCACUGAGAGACUGAUUACAUGCGUCGAUCUUAUCUGUAGUGGCUUAUUAAACUGAAUGUUUUUAUUAUUUGUCUUUUCAAAAUAAUACAGAUGUCAUCUUUGCUAAUGUAUGCAAACAUUUACAUUUUGCUUGUUUAUAGACCAGAUUUGAUAAUCAAAUACGGCCUCGAAUGUUUGAGCUGUCUUAAUAUGAGUCAAUCACAGAAAAAGUUUGUUUCUAUUAAAUAAAAUAAAGGAAAUAAGGCUUUGAUUUACUCAAAA